AUGUCACGGAGGGAGGUCAGAAGGCCACCAGCCAUGCCAGGAGUGGGGCAGACCCCGGCAAAGGCCAAGCUGCGGCUGGCGGCAGGCACUGGCAGGAAGAGGAGCCGCCCGUGCGGGACAAGGCAGGACCUGUGGGAAGAGACAAACUGGAGGGACCAGAUGUGGAGCAGAGCUGCCCCCAGCUUAAGAGGGGCCAGGGCUCCCGGCAGGAGCGAGGCCAGUCCCGAGAACGCUGCUCGGGAGCGGAGCCGGGUGAGGACGCUGCGCCAGGCCUUCCUGGCCCUGCAGGCCGCUCUGCCCGCCGUGCCCCCUGACACCAAGCUCUCCAAGCUGGAUGUGCUGGUGCUGGCCGCCAGCUACAUAGCCCACCUCACCCGCACACUUGGUCGGGAGUUGCCUGGCCCCGCCUGGCCACCCUUCCUGCGUGGACUCCGCUACCUGCACCCUCUGAAGAAGUGGCCCAUGCGAUCUCGUCUCUAUGCUGGAGGCCUGGGGAGCUCUGGCCUCGACUCCACCACAGUCACCACCUCAAGCCAAAGAACAAAGGAGGCGGAGGCUGGGCCCCAAGUCUCUGAAGAGGCACACGCUCUCUUUCCCACGAAGCCACUCUCACCAGCUCUCGGGGACAAAUGAGUAUCACACUUGCCCUUUUCUCCUAGACUACAAGUCGAGCUUAGGGACCUGGAUUCUCUCCCAGCCCUGCCUGUCUUCACUCUGACUCUCAGCCCUCGGAUCAGACGGACUCAGGUUCAGCUCGCAGGUUCCAGCAUGCAGACCAGGCGAAGCUGUGGGCCCUUCAAUGGGAGGGGACUCAGAAGCACCAGCGGGGGUGGGGGGGGCACAAGUGCUCAUCUGGGCACCCGAGGCCGGGGGGGUGACUUCUCAGUGGCUCCUGCUGUGGCAGCUGCCAAGGGAAGUGGGAAAGGAAGAGGUUUGGCUGGGUUGGAAGUAGAGUUAGGGCACCCUCCCCCCCGCCCCGCUUUUCUCCCCUAAGCUUCCCACAGACACUCGGAGAAUGCAAGGACAAUGACAACGCUGUGCAGGUGCAGAGGUAAAGGCCUAGGACGGCAGCAGCUGCGGGUGCUGGUGGGAAAGUCUAGGGCCAGACAUGUGCGUGUGAAUAGAACUGGGCCGGGUCACGUGGCCAGAUCCUGGUGACACGGGGACCUGUCGUUACCGCUCCACAAACCCUUACCUGAUGGUGAAGAAGCAGCAGGGAAUUUAGGAGUCUUGUCCGCAUGACGGUCUCUCCUGCAGCCCAGCAUCACUACACUUCCUCCCUCUCUGGGCCCCGAGACCUUCCACUCUUUUCUUGGUAUGACUUACAUUUACAGGUUAAGCUAGAAAAACCUAAACCUACAUUGCUUGCAUUCCAGUUUCCACAGAAACUUUUAGAUGGUCCCAGCUGCCUAGUUUGAGACGAUCUUAUCCCAGAGGCAGGCCUAUCUACCGGAAAUGAACCAGACAGCACCUUGCAUCUAAAGGAUAUUGAUGGGCCUGAUUACAUCCUUGAAGGACCUUAGAGAGAGAACAGAUACCUUUUCCAGAGGAUGAUAAUUACAGCCUUCUCUUUCCAUUAUGUUAGAAACCCAACUUCCAGGACAAACAAGAUAGGCCUGGGUUCAGUGGGUUCUUUGUAUGAUUUUUGGCCUGAGGUCUCACUGGCUCUGGAGUUAUUUCUACCAUCUGGCUACAGACAACUGCCCCAGAGGCAGCUGUGCCCCACAGGCGCUGCCCUCCUAGGCACUCCUUAAGUCUUGCCACGGGGUGCCAGAAAUCUGUUAGAGCUUUAGUGGAAUUUCUCUCUGGCUCUGAAGAAAUAACUUAAGGACUAAUCACAGAAGUCUACACAUACUGAAAGUAACUUUCCUUUCCAGAUCAAGUAUAGCUUCAAACCCAAAGGCACCUGAAGUCCAGACAGAGAAGUAACCAGCUUUUUAAAAAAAUUUUUUUUAACAUUUAUUCAUUUUUAGAGACACGGAGCACGAGCAAGUGAGGGGCAGAGAGAGGGGAGACACAGAAUCCAAAGCAGGCUCCAGGCUCUGAGCUGUCAGCACAGAGCCCCACACGAGGCUCAAACUCACAAGCCAGGAGAUCAUGACCUGAGCCGAAGUCAGAAGCCCAACCCACUGAGCCACCCUGGCGCCCCCAGAACCAGCUUUUUGUUAAACAUCAGUGCCUCAGAGCAGGAGGGGAUGGGCCAGGCCGACCCUGAAUGGGGUAGACUUAGAGCCACCGUUGCCACUGUGAGACUAAAUGAGGUUCUGGGCAGGCCGGGAGUGGCCAGAGGCCUGGGCUCUGAAAUGACGAACCACGGCUCCUCCACAGGGCUGGCCAGGGCCUCAGGGGAAAGGGGCUGAGGGGUGACUCAGCAAGUCGGGGUGGAGGCUGAAAAAGACACACAACACGCCAGCCACAGGCUGCAUGGGAUGUGGGAGAGCGGCUGAUCUGUGGCUGGGAGCCACGGGGAGAAGGUCUCAGCCAAGGCCGAACUCGUAAAUCUACCAGGUCCCCACCGCGGGGCCUGGAGAGCUUGUGCAGAAGCGCUUCUGAGCAGCUGGGUGAGGCCAGGCAGGGGCAGGGACCAGGUGCGGGUGGGCGUGAGCGCAGUGUUCUCCACGAGACCAUAAAAGUCCAGCUUGAAUAUCCUAUUUUUAAAGCCAAAUAGCAAUGUCUUCCUGGUUGAGUCUGAAGGUGGCUGGAAGAGGAGCCAAGCUGGUGGCACAGUCUUUUUCUGGGGACGAAACUGGGAAAGCUGGUUUUAGGUGUAUGGAGGCUGCCCCAGCCCACCCUGCUCAGACUCGAGCCUUUGCCCAGCAGUAUCAGACCCCCUCCUGUGCCUGAGCCCGUAGAGACAAGGACAGCAAAGGAAGAUGAAGCUGGCGGAGGGUGGCUGAGGAAGGACAAGCGCCAUCCCAUCGAUACAAGUGGCUUAGGCUGCCUCAGGCUCUAUCCGGGCAAAGCUGUUUUCCUUCGUGCCCAGGCCAGUCUGGGGUCCAGAGGCCGUGGCCUCCAGCCAGAGAGCACCCAGCACAGGCCACGUUGCCAAAGGGCUCUGAGAAGGCAGGCAGAGCCAAGGGAAGGACCGGAGCAUGAACGGGAAGAGUCAGGUCAGAGACUUGGGUCCACAAACGAACCAGAACCAGGAGUUCUCUGCCUCUGCCGCAGACGAAGAAAACACCUGCUCACUGGGGAGACUUUUUAUUCCCCCCAGGUCUAGGGGCAUGCGGUAGGCAAGAGUAGAAAGAGGCAGGUGAGACUCGGGUCCAGAGACAGCUUGGUCCCCUGCGAACAGGGGUUAUGUGGGAAAGAGGCUCCAAAAGGAAACAGAAGCACAGAGGACAACACGUCACUAAGGUGGCCUAGCUCAGGAGUCAGAGGGAUGCCUGGCCCACUUGGUUAGCUUUUCCUGCCUGCCCAGGUGCCCAGGACACGAGGUGGGAGGGGAGGAGGCAGUGAUGCUAGGACGGCUUCCCCAGAGUUGGAUGUGCAUUAUGUUUCCUGAUGAGCGGCAGAGCCGCAGGGCAGAGGCUCGGGCCAUGGGAGAGGGAAUGGCUAAGGAGAGGGUAGAGACCGUCGAUUUACCACUUGGGAACUAGGUAAUUAAAUUGCAAGAUCUGGUCUUCUCUGAGAAA